AUGGAUCCUAGAAACAUUAAUCCUUUUCCACAGACAUAUUUUGUCGAUCUUAUGAAUUCUCAAAAAGACUCCAACGGUUCAGAUAAUCCGAUUCUUUCCAAUUCAGUCUCUUCUCAGCCUGUCCACUUUACCUCUACCUUCUCUUCUCAGCAUGUACACUUUAGGCCUGGAUUCUCAUCUCAGCCACUUCACUUUAGCCCUACACCAUCAGAAUCUGAAGACUGUAUCGAUGUAGCAGUUGAUGAGAAUGAAGAAGACGGAAGAAGGGGAAUAAAAAAGCAGUGGAGUGCAGAGGAGGAUGUCAACCUCAUAAGCGCUUGGUUAAACACAAGCAAGGAUCUGGUUGUAAGUAAUGAGCAGCGGCUUCAAAGUUUCUGGAAGAGGGUUGCUGAGUACUUCAAAGCAAAUGAUGGAUCAUCUGGUUCAGAUGCAAGAGGGCCUUCACAAUGUAAGGCUAGGUGGAACAAGAUAAACCACCAAGUCAAUAAGUUUGUGGGGUGUUACUCACAAGCAAGUUCAAGAAGAAAGAGUGGAGAAUCAGAGGAUGAUGUAUUGAGCUUGGCGUAUGAGCUUUACAAGAACGACAUGGACAAGCCUUUCCUAUUAGGACAUUGCUGGAGGGAAUUGAGGCAUGAUCAGAAAUGGAUCACGGAGGAGUGUAGCCAUAAAAGGACUAAACUCGCUACAGAAGAAGAGUGCAAUGAUGGAGCUGAGACAAGGCCUCCGGGGGUUAAAGCUUCUAAGAAAAAAGGGAAAAAACCGGCUGUGACUAUUGAUGUAGAGGAUGGUUCUGUUGGUAAGCUAGACAAGAUCAUUGCAAUGAAAGAACAAGAACAAGCGGCUAAAGAGAGACACGGCAAAAUGAGACUGCUAGACAGCCUCCUUAACAAGACUGAACUAACAAGUGCCGAACAACUUCUUAGGGACAAACUCGUUGACCAAAUGUUGACAAACACUUAG